UACCAAUACGCCCAUCAUGGACGAUUCAGACAACCGUCUAUUCCGGUUCACAAAGUGGUUUAACAACGCCAACGCGCGUACAUCCGGCAUAUAUGCCUCUGGCGCAUUGUUCUCCAUCGGCCUAUUCUUCCUCAUCGACGCAGCUUCGUUCUCCCAUAGCUCAAGAAACGGUUCGACUGUCCAUGUUAAGUUCGUAGACUGGAUCCCCGGCAUCUGCUCCGCCUUGGGGAUGCUGGUCAUCAACUCUAUCGAAAAGUCACGCCUGAGUGCGGAUAGCUUUAGCUACUCUGGAGACAGCGUCGCUUGGAAGGCGAGAUUUGUUUUGUUCUUGGGGUUUGCACUGUUGGCUGGAGGGCUAGCUGGGAGUGUUACGGUUAUGGUCCUGAAGUAUGUCAUCCAUGGAUAUCCCCUUCAAACGCUCUACUUUGGUAUUGCGAAUGUGAUUGCAAAUGCAAUGGUGAUGAUGAGCUCGGCUGUUUUAUGGAUUGCGCAAAAUAUGGAGGACGACUAUACAUACACCCUUGCUCUAUAA